AUGAACGAAUUUGAGCGCGACCGCGCGCUUCGGAUCGAGGAGAACAAGCGAAGGAUGGUGGAGAUGGGAAUACUGUCUCUGUCCUCCAAGGUUGCGGCGGACGCGACGAUCAAACCAACACCGGUGCGAGACGAUGCGCUUUCGGAAGACCGCGUCGUCGCGUUCGCGCGAUCGUUGCGACUCUUCUUCCCGACUGACCGCUCUGGAUUUCCUCCGAUGACGUUCGUCGAUCGAUUUGACUCGAAACACGGCAUCUCGCGCCGUGAAUUCGCGCGAAACACGCCCUUUUACCUCGCGAUCGCGCUUUCGCGCCAAAACACGAUUACGCGCUCACCGGAGAUCGCCCCCACCCCCGUCUCCCACAGCGCCGAGCGUCGAAAGCGAGAGUCUUCGUACCGGAGUCUGAGCUGCAAAUCUCACGACGACGACGACGACGACGACGACGACGACGUCGCGCGCGCGAAGGCGAAGCGCAGGCGCGGAAAACCCAAGCCCAUAAAACUCUUGUCCUUGACAGACGUGGAUUUCAAAUCGCGUCGGUACGCCGUUGGUGGCAGAGUGUACGACUCCGAGCUCGGGGUAACGUGCCACUGGUGCAGGCAGAAGACUGUUGAGCCGCACGUGUUUUGCACGGACGACGCGUGCGGGAGAGGGCGGAGCAACCCGCUCGCGUUUUGCGGCAUGUGCCUGCGGAACCGUCACGGCGAAGACAUCGAGGACGCGAUCGCGUCGGGAGUGUGGAAAUGCCCAAAAUGCCGCGGGUCGUGCGGCGACGGCUGUGUCGCGUGCUGCAAUUGCGGGCCGUGCCGUAAGGCGAACGGCCUGGCGCCGACGCAUCAGGUGGUCAACCUCGCGCGCGCGCGUGGGUUUGACAACGCGCAUGAUUACCUCGUGCACAUCGCUACUGGCGCGUCUCCGUCAGAAUUGUUGGACCGAAAGAAGUCGUUCGCGUGGGGUAAGUGGCUGACGGAGGACUUUGCGCGCGCGAAAGCCGCGGCGGAUGAGACGGAAGGCGUAUUCGAAGACGCCGACACCGACGCCGCGGAGAACGACGUGGAGAACGUCGAAGUCGUGACCCCGGUUCAGACGAAACGCGGCCGUGGCCGUCCGAAGAAAAAUACGACGAUCGGGACGCCUUCACCGGCGACGCCACCGCCGAUUUCGAAAUCUUCGAUGCGCGCGAUUCGAUCGCCGGAGCCGGAGACGCCGAUGAAGAAGAAGAGAGGCAGACCGCCGAAGGUUUCCACGGCGUCGGCGCGCGCCGUCGCUCGCCCGUCGGGUUCUCUGUCGAUGCGCGUUCUUCUGGUCCGUGCGAGGGCUCCGAUUCCGACGGCACCGUUGAAGAGGAAGCGAGGCAGACCGUCCAACGCUUCUGAAGUAGCGGCGGCGAAGGCGAAGGCUGCGAAGACGCAGGCGGGCAUUCGCGCCUGUUGCCGUCCGCGCCGAGCCGCUGCAGCUGCCGCGUCGGCGAAGAUCCGAGCGACCGCGGACUAUGACGCCAUGGGCGAGGAAGCGUUCUUUUGA